CCUCUGCUCUAACCUACUGCCACCUGUUUAAUCUCCCAUCGGGAUCCCUGUGCUUGAAAGURUAACCUGCAAUGUUUACACACCCACYAACCUGCUGCUUUCAAGCCUGUUCCAAUGCCUUUUAAAUAUAUAAUAACUGAAUGGACCUCACAAGGAGAAAUACUUUGGAAAAACAUAGCGUUUUUAUGCCUAGUUUUCUUCUAAUGCYGCGAUACUUGGGCUAAGGUGAGAAUACACUGAAAUCGAUAAAAGGAUGUUGAAGCUCGUACGACUAACGGUCUAGCGGAGAGGAAAAGAGUUUUGACGAUCUUCUUARCCCAAGAAUGCGUGGCAUUCAAACAUUUACGACGCUACGGUAUUCAUUGUUCAAGAAACAAAGGCUACUUGAAGGAUAUAUACUUUGGUGAAAAAAWUUCUGGAGAUGGUUCUCAACGUUCGUAAUCGCAGUAUUGUUAUUGUAGUAGUCGGAGUGGUUUGCUUGGUGCUAAAUUAUUGCUGGCAGUAUCAUAUAUGCUGCGAAAUGUUGACUAACGUGGCAAAGAUCAGACAAGCUAACGAGGGAUUCAGRCCUCCUGUAUAUCUCACCAUUAGCAAGAAUAAGAUAUUCAACCACAACUUGGAAUUCCACUUGCCUCCAAAACAACCCAAACRAAACUUCCAGAAAAAUGGUGAAAUUCAAUUUAUCAAGAAGCUUCAAAAAUUGCCGAAGAAACCUGUAAAUUUGAUGGUCGUUAGCCAAGGACGAAGUGGGUCGUCUUUUGUCGGUCAAAUCUUUAAUCAAGAUCCUCAUGUGUUUUUUAUGUAUGAGCCACUUCUGACGAUCGAGAGAGUCGAAAAUAUUGAUACAUUUGUUGGGAACAACACUGAACAAUACCAAACCAUAGCCACGCGAUUCCUUCGUCAAGUGUUCAACUGCAAUUUCACAAACUCGGUUUACCUGGAAUAUCUCUCAAGACCAAGUCACUUCCGUAUGUCCAGCCGCGUUUUGAAGUCUCCACCAUUUUGCUCCAAAGGCGCGGAAAACCUUUCCCCAAGCGAAGUACUUUCUCWAAAGAAAUGUGGAAGUCUUUACGCAAAUCCGUUAAAUAGCGUUUGUCGGAAUUACACAGUAAAAGUGGUCAAGCUUCUUGAACAUAGGCUUCCAGGAAGAACAUUUGAAAAUUUCCAAGGUUUCAUACAAAAUCAAGAUUUUGACAACAAAAUUUUAUACCUUGUUCGCGAUCCCCGUGCUUUUGUCUUAUCGAUGUAUCAGUCUGGUUGGAUUGCACGUUUCAUAGGAUCAACAUUAGUYCCUUAUGAAUUAACCACUGACCGAUUUAGGUGGUACGUCAAAAGAAUGUGCUCACAGAUGGACCAGAACAUUGGGUUCGUAAAAAAUCCACCGAAAUCGCUCCAAGGUCACGUGCUUUUGCUCCGGUAUGAGGACCUKAUCAUGCGCACUGGAAACACCACCAGGAAGUUAUUUGAAUUUGUUGGGCUCCAAGAACCAGUAAACUUAAAUAAUUGGCUUUACCAUCAUAUGCACUCAAAUAAUUCUGCCAUAGAAAAUGUAGAAAGGAGAUACUCUAUUGCGAGGAACUCUACAUAUUCCAUGACAAGAUGGCGUACAGAAGCGCCGAUCGAAUUGAUUAGAGUAAUAGAGAAGCACUGUAAGCCGGUAAUGGACGCUAUGGGAUAUAUCACAACAAAUGGKUCUGCCUCUUUGCAAUAUGAUUUGGGCACUUCUUUGAUCAGGGACGUUUGAAUGWGAUAUUUGACAAGCUGUAAGCGUCCAUAAUGCAGGCAAAUGUGGUGAAAGAGAUGUGCCACUCUCCCUCGGCGGACUUUUUCACUUGAUUUUAUGUCCCUGUUUCCUGUUACUUUCCCAGUCGCACUAAUCCUAUGAAGUCUUCAAUUCUUCUACAGAAUUGAACCUUUGAAUAAUAUAAGAUAAAAAUGUAAAUGGUAUGCAUGAAGAUUUCGAACAACCAGGAAUAGAAUCAUGCGCGUUUUGUCUAUUCCAACGCCAUUACUCAAAAUUGUUAGAGUGUGAUGGAUUGUGAUCUUACAGCACUGCGUUGCUCAAUUGUUUUUUCAAGGGCUAGGAUGUUGGAAUGUUUGUUGGGAUGGACAAAUCUCGUGAUAAAAGUAAACGGAGMAAAAUAGUAUCGAACAGCCACUCCUUAUAAUACAUCUUAGAGUUCCCAGGGACGAAAAACAGUGGUUGAGCUUGCAAUAAUAAUAAUAGAAUCAUGUUAAUAAUUGUCCUAGACCUGAUCAAAUGCUGGCUCAACCRGUUCUCUGUCUAACUUUUAUGCACAGGCUUGGUUACCUUUCAAGAUGGCGCUGAGAACUCGAUUAAAGUGCCUAUGACGCCUGACAAAAAAUUUUCUGAUUCUCUGUGAGCUGAUUUUAUAUAAAGUAAAUCAAAUUGAACGGUGAAAUAUUUCUGCAUUUCAUUGUUCGUCUUUGAGUUUUAAAGGUUCAAUCUUUCAAUAUGCCAAUGAUAAUGACGUCAAGGGAGGCUUCAUUGAAUAUACGAACUUUGAAACAGUCGAUCAAAACACCAUCUGGUAAUAUGGUUAUUCCCUACAUUGCAUACGAUAGAUAACCAUUUUUAAGCGGCUCCCGCGAAGUUCGUAUAUCUAAUGAAGCCUUCCUUGACGUCAUUAUCAUUAGCAUAUUGUAAGAUUGAACCUUAAUAACUCAAAGACGCAACACUGAAAUGCAGGAAUAUUUCACCAUUCGACUAUUUACUUUAUAUAGAAUCGGCUCACAGAGAAUCAGAAAGAAUCAGAAACAUAGGCACUUUUUGAUCCUGGGUACCUCGUACCUUUCUCUCAGUGAGUGACCACCGCCCGUUAUGAAUGACAAGUGUCGACUGUGUAACAGUUUUGGACAUCCAUCAUUUCUUACAAUCUCUUCAGAUAGACCUUAUUUCAACCUGAAAAAAAGGAAACAAACUAACAUGAAAAUUAGAUAUAAAUUUUUAUUGGUUUUUAAAUAAACUGAAACUA